UAUUGAUCAAAUGCUUUUAGAAUAGUACGAAUUGUACUCUUUAUAUAAUUUAUAUAAACAGUAUAAAAACAAAAAACGAACGAGAAGGUACAAAAUUCGCCCAAUCAAUCAAAACUGGGGCGUUAGCGGUUACCAGAUAAAAACUUUUCUGGUAAUGAAAAACAGGGAACCAGAACAACUUUUUUUGCAUACAAGGAUGCCGCCGGACGUUUAUAAUUUGCUUCUGAAUUUGAUAUCGAAAUCCUUGAAGAAGCCAAGGCAGCGGAUUGGACCCGAAGAAAGGCUCUCGUUGGUAUUACUCUAUUUGUCACAAGGCGUGUCGGUGCAGAGCAUUGCAUGGAGCUAUAAGUUGGGAAAGUCAACAGUACGCGAAAUCAUAUUAGAGACGUGUGAAGUAAUCUGGCAGCUACUUUCCCCAAUUUAUGUAAGCAAGCCAACAGAGUCUCAAUACAAGGACAUUGCAAAAGAUUUUUAUAAUAUGUGGAACAUUCCGAAUUGUGUCGGUGCAAUUGAUGGUAAGCACGUUGCAAUUAAGUGCCCGACCAAUUCCAAUUCGAUGUUUUACAAUUAUAAAAAAUUCUUUAGCAUCGUUUUGAUGGCUGUAUGUGAUGCGAAAUAUACGUUCACAGCAGUUAGUAUUGGCAGCUAUGGAAGUCAAAGUGACGGAGGAAUCUUUCGACUUACUCCAUUUGGCCAUGCAUUAAUACAAAACACUCUGCCUUUGCCACCACCUGUGCCACUGUCUGACGUGUCACCGGAACCUUUUCCUUACUUUUUUGUUGGAGAUGCCGCAUUCCCAUUACGAAAUAAUUUAAUGCGCCCAUUUCCUGGAGCUAAUCUAACACACACGAAACGUAUUUUCAAUUAUCGAUUGUCACGCGCUCGUAGAGUCAUAGAAAAUUCCUUUGGUAUAUUGACUGCUCGGUGGAGAAUUUUGAGAACAACGAUUGAAUGUAAUCCAGAAAAUUGUGAAAAAAUUGUGUUGGCUUGCAUAGCCUUACACAAUUUCAUAAUGUUGAAUGAUCACAAUCGCUGGUAUUGUCUGGAGAACUAUGUAGAUCGAGUUGAAGGACAUAACGUUGUUCAUGCCGGUGAGUGGCGCCGCGAAAAUGAAAACAAUUCUUUACGACCAAUGCGAACUUCAGUGCGUAGAGGUCCUUCAAGUGCGUUUAAUUUACGCGAAAGACUUGCUAACUAUUUUAUAAAUGAAGGAUCUGUACCAUUCCAGAACAAUAUAGACUCUAUCACAGGAGGACCAUAUGCUCCUGGAGAACCUUAUUAAAAAUAAUCACCUUUUUUUAAAUUUAUGAGAUUAUUUAUUUCAUUUCAUUAAUUUUUUUAAUUAAUAACAAUUCAUUUCAUUUUUUUCAUUUUUUCAUUAAUAACAAUGUUUAAACUUAUUUACUAAUGGACUAAUGGAUAACGAAAAUAAACACAUAAAUAAAUAUAAAAUUAUAAUUUAAAAAUAAA